AUGGCAGACUUAAGAGGACACCCAGGACACUCGAGCCUGUGGUCAAGUUAUGGAGGCUCAGUACACAUGCCGGGGCGAGUGGCGGAUCCUAUGCCCUCAACUUCAUCGCCUGUUCCAGGACGAACCGGCAGUAAUCAUAACGAAAUGGAACAGCCUUCUUACUCCUACAGCCGGUACCCCCAGGACGAUCAAGAAGCAUACGACAGACCUGCUCACCCAGAAAUGGUUUCCCAUCACGGCUAUCCAACCUUGAAGAGAUCUUUUUCCGAGGCAGAGCCGCCUGCCUACCAGGAAAUAGUCCAGGACCUUCGCGACGACAGCUCUAAGAUGUCUGCUAGCCACGAACACAAACUGCUGGCCUUCAAAAGAACUCAGGACAAACACACAAUUGUCGAUUCACAAGGUCGCAUGCAGCAACUCGAACUAUCAGCGCAGCUCCAUGGAAUGUUCUUCCUCUCAGAGAUGCCUGCAAACACAUCAGAUGGCUCACUCCGGCAGCCUGAGUUGACUUGCUACCGCAGGAAUCUCUUCCAGAUCAGCGGAACGCUUGUCACUCCACGCGGGCAACUUUCUGUCAUCACUGAAUCAGGCGAGACGGUUGCAGUCAGCAACAUGGAGGUUACCAUCUCAGCUAUUGAGUCGGUUGAUGGCAAUCCAGUUCGAUUGAUCGUCAUUCCGUGGAAGACUCCCCCACCAAACUCCCCAGAGACAAACCAAAGUCCUGACCAGGAGCCACAAUCCCUCCCCCUGAUUCCUUUUCAAGAUGAUGGGUCAGAAUCUGACGGCGAGUAUGCUGUUUACCCCAUUGGAUGGCGUCGACUGCAGUUUAGGAUUGCAACUGCAAACAAUGGCCGCCGAAAGGAACUCCAACAGCAUUUUGUGCUGCAUCUUAAGGUGGUAGGAACACUGGCCAACGGUAAUAAGACUGUCCUUACGGAAUCGACAACUGCGCCUAUUGUCGUACGCGGUCGAAGCCCCCGUAACUUCCAGGCCCGCAAGGAGAUCCCUUUGCUUGGAUCGAGUGCUGGUUCCCGUGGACAGGCCCUUGUGGAGACAGGUUUGGGCGUUGUGGCCGGACCCUUGAGUGCAAAGCACCAGGAAACAAAGCCAAGGGGCGUUGAUGCGCAGCUCCCACGAACAGCCUUUACCUUCAACGCGCCCAAAAUUCCCGGUACCCAGUUGGGACCGAUACGAUCAAAGUGA